GAAUUGGGCUCUGUUGAUUCUUAGAACUGGGGUUCUUAGAAGUGGUGAUGCAAGGAGUUUCUAGGAAAGCCCGGAGACCAGGUUUGAAAGAAACUUUUGGACUGUGAAUUGAGGCAUUGGACUCAAGAUGGCCUCGCCGGCAGACAGCUGCAUCCAGUUCACCCGCCACGCGAGUGAUGUCCUCCUCAAUCUCAACCGCCUUAGAAGCCGGGAUAUCCUGACUGACGUCGUCAUCAUUGUGAACCGGGAGCAGUUCAGAGCCCACAAAACAGUCCUGAUGGCCUGCAGUGGCCUCUUCUACAGCAUCUUCACUGACCAGCUCAAGUGCAACUUGAAUGUCAUCAACCUAGACCCUGAAAUUAACCCCGAGGGGUUUUGCAUCCUCUUAGACUUCAUGUACACAUCCCGCCUGAACCUGCGGGAGAACAAUAUCAUGGCUGUGAUGGCCACAGCGCUGUACCUGCAGAUGGAGCACGUGGUUGAUACUUGCCGAAGGUUUGUCAAAUCUAGUGAAGCUGAGAUGGUGUCUGCUGUGAAGACCCCAAGGGAAGAGUUUUUGGCUGGCCGGAUGCUGAGCCACCCAGAGGUGAUGGCUUAUCGGAGCAGAGACGUCUCGGAGAACAGCAUGCCUCUCCAGAACGGGUCCCUCUGCAACGGGAGGGCUUUUGCACCUGGCUUGUUCAACAGUUUGUCUGGAUCCUCCAUUCCCUACCCCGGGUACAGUCCUCUCCCUCUAAAUGGCUUCCUUGUGGAUGACGAAUUGCGGGAGAUGAGGAUGCCUCUCUCCGAAGUCUCAAGGGCAGGUGCCUUCCCCAAGGAGAGGAUCCUGCCCUGCGACAGCUCCAGGACGAUCCCCACCGAGUACAUGAGAACCAUCACCGACAUCUCGGCCAACAUGUGCCACGCCACCAUCUACGCUCCGAAAGAAGGCGCUGCUGAAGAAGCCAGGAGCGACAUGCACUACGGCGUAGCCUCUGGCCCCAAACCUGUCGUCCCCUCGAUCCGGAACAAUCCCUACUUCUCUUGCGACAAAGUGGCCAAAGAGGAGGAGCGGACCUCUUCAGAGGAUGAGAUCAGCCAGCACUUUGAGCCCACCAACACCCCUCUGGACCGCAAGGGACUUAUCAGCCCCCAGAGCCCCCAGAAGUCAGACUGUCAGCCCAACUCGCCGACCGAGUCCAGCAGCAGCAAGAACGCCCGCAUCAGUCAGAACUCCAACUCCCUCUUCACCAAGAGCCCCACAGACCCCAAAGCCUGCAACUGGAAGAAGUACAAGUUCAUCGUCCUCAACUCUCUGAAUCAGAGCACCAAGCAAGACAGUGCUGACCAGAAUGAGAUGGGAACCCUCUCUCCUCGCACCUACAUGCCCAUGUCCACCUGCCAGCAGUCCAUGGAACCGGAGCAUCUCAACGUGCAAUCCCCCACCAAGAUGAGUGUGAACGGAGAAGACUCCAAUAUCCCUCAAGCGAGCAGACUCAACAACAUCGUUAACAGGUCCCGGGAUGGGUCCCCUCGGAGCAGCGAAGGACAGUCCCCGCUGUACAUGCAUUCGUCCAAGUGCAGCUCCUGUGGCUGCCAGUCCCCGCAACAUGCUGAGAUGUGCCUUCAUACCCCUGGCUCAGCCUUUGGAGAGGAGAUGGGGGAAACCCAAUCUGAAUACUCUGACUCCAGCUGCGAGAACGGAGCCUUCUUCUGCAACGAGUGCGACUGCCGGUUCUCCGAGGAGGCCUCCCUCAAGAGACACUCUCUGCAAGUCCACAGCGACAAGCCCUACAAGUGUGACCGCUGCCAGGCCUCCUUCCGCUACAAGGGGAACCUCGCCAGCCACAAAACCGUCCACACAGGAGAAAAACCGUACCGCUGCAACAUCUGCGGGGCACAGUUCAACCGGCCGGCCAACCUGAAAACCCACACACGCAUCCACUCCGGAGAGAAACCCUACAAGUGCGAGACCUGUGGGGCCAGAUUCGUCCAGGUGGCCCACCUCCGUGCUCACGUGCUCAUCCACACUGGGGAGAAGCCAUACCCCUGCGAGAUCUGCGGCACGCGCUUCCGGCACCUGCAGACCCUCAAAAGCCACCUUCGAAUCCACACGGGAGAGAAACCGUACCAUUGUGAGAAGUGCAACCUGCACUUCCGCCACAAAAGCCAGCUGCGGCUCCACCUGCGGCAGAAGCACGGGGCCAUCACCAACACCAAGGUGCAGUACCGCAUCUCGGCGAGCGAGGUGCCUCCGGAGCUCCCCAAGGCUUGCUGAAGGCCGAGGAUUUCCCAGGAGGAGGUCGGGGGGAAGCUGUCCAAAGGAUACUUGCAACACUUUAAAAGAGGAGAGGAAUUAAAAAAAAAAAAAAAUUCAUCACAUGAUGGAGUGCCUCUAAACCCAUAGUGCAGAUAGGUGGAAAAACAUUAGAAACAAAACAAAACAAAAAAAAAUACACGGGUUUUAUUUUUCCCAGUUAUGUGAAACUAAAAGAAAGAUAAAGUUAUUCAGAUCUUAUUGUAUAUAAAACAUAAAAAUAAAAAUAGUCAUUUUAAAUGUCUGUGCAGUGGAGUGUUAAUAAACUCUGGAGUCUAACCUUCACAGCCUUUGCCGUUUGAAGAUGAGGAAUGUAAUGUUGAUUUAUGGGAACAGAUUUUUUCUUUUGUAUGCAAAAUGUGUGUUCUUUUAAAGAGAAAGUAUGCUAUUAAAGAGAGGGCUUUAACUUUUUUAACCAAAGGUGAAGGAAUCUAUGGCAGAGUUGUAAAUAUAUAUAGAUAUAAAUAUAUAAAUAUAUAUAUAAAAUAAAUAUAUAUAGACCUUUAAAAAAGCUAUAUUAAAAAUAUAUAAAAUGCAUUAAAGGCUCAGUUGGACUCUGCAGGCAGAAGCCACUCUGAGAAUCUUUAUUAUGAUAGAGCACUUAACGAGAUAUUUUAAAGUAUUGCAUCUGUACAAGUAAGAAAAUAUUUUGUCUAAAUGCAUCAGUGUAUUUGUAUUUUUUUGCAAGUGAAGGUUUACAAUUUACAAAAAAAAGUGUGUAUUAAACCAACAAAGCUGCAGAAGGAAUUUAAAAUAAUAAUAAAGUGUAAUUUUUUUUGUUCUAGUUCUCAGUCUGUAUAUAUGUAAAAUGUGGUUUCGCACGGUGCCUUUCUUUUCAAUGGAAGUUUUCAAUGUAUGGACUAUAUUGAGCUCAGUUUCUUCUUCAAGGUACAGCCUGAUGUUGCAAAAGGAGUUUUGGUGGAACUCUCUAUCGGGGAAUGUUUUUUUUUGUUUGUUUUGUUUGUUGGUUUUUUUUUUUUUCAGUCUUAUUUUACAUGCUUGUGUUAUAAACAAUCUCGGGAGACAGGGUUUGGGCUGUGUCUAAACUGCAUUAAUGCGUUCUGUAAAAUAUAGCUGUACAAAUAAAAGAAUAAAACGAAGAAAAGU